AUGCCCAGCUCGCCCGCGGCCUUCUAUCACCCUCCUUCCCUCCCGCCCGCACAAGAGAACGCCUCCCCAAAUCGCUUCCGCUCCUGCGCCUCGGUGGAGUGGAUCAAGCGUCGGCGGCCCCCGUGUUGCCCGUACACUAAUGAAGAGGCGACGGCGCGGCGGCACAGCGCGUGGCGGCAGCCGGAGAAGGGGGCCUCCGUCUGCCCCGUCACGUCGCUCCCGUCGCUGCCGCCACGAGCCUAUCCUGUCACGCAGCCGCACCGCGCUACCCUCCUCAGUGUCGUCUCCUCCCCAAUACAGAGCAGGAGUGCCCUCAGAUCUGAGCGUGUCUUCAUCACCGCGGAGUCUGCCGUAGAUACGUGGACGGGCGGGCGGGUGACGGGGCGGGCGCUGCUCCACCCAACCAUUACCGGCGACUUGGCUUUCACCUCGCCGGCGGGCGAUGCACGGGCCAGAGCACGCACGGCGCAGAGGGACCGCGCGAGGUCAUGGGCCGGCAGGACACCGGGCGGCAGCUCGGCACGGGGCAGUCUCAGCGCAGCCACGACGGUCCGCGACGACGCGCAGUUCAUUCGCCGCACGCAGGCGCUUGAGAUGUGCUCGGCGGCCUGA